UGAGCGGCGGGAGAUUCAAAUCGCGGGGUGGAGCCUCCGCAGCCGCAGCCAUGGAGGGAGCGGGCUCGGUGCGAUGCGAGCGGCUCACGGCCGAGGAGAUGGAUGAGAAGAGGAGGCAGAACAUCGCCUACCAGUACCUGUGUCACCUGGAGGAGGCCAAGCGCUGGCUGGAGGCCUGUCUGCGCGAGGAGCUGCCCCCUCCAAUGGAGCUCGAAGAGACCCUGCGCAAUGGGGUGGUCCUGGCCAAGCUGGGCCAUUGCUUUGCCCCCACCGUGGUCCCUCUGAAGAAGAUCUAUGACCCCGAGCAGAGCCGCUACAAGGCAGCCGGGCUCCACUUCCGGCACACGGAUAACAUCAACUACUGGAGGGAUGCGAUGAGCCACGUGGGGCUCCCCACGAUGUUCCACCCGGAGACCACGGACAUCUAUGACAAGAAGAACAUGCCCCGGGUGGUCUAUUGCAUCCAUGCGCUCAGCUUGUACCUCUUCAAGCUGGGGCUGGCUCCUCAGAUCCAGGAUUUGUAUGGGAAGGUGGACUUCACAGAGGAGGAGAUCAACCACAUGAAGCGGGAGCUGGAGAAGUACGGGCUGCAGCUCCCUGCCUUCAGCAAGAUCGGGGGCAUCCUGGCCAACGAGCUCUCUGGGGAUGAAGCAGCAGUGCACGCCGCCGUGCUGGCCAUCAACCAAGCCGUGGAGCAGGGGGUGGUGGCCCAGACCAUGGGGGCCCUUUGCAACCCCAGCGCGAUGCUGCUCGGCCUGCGCCCGGAGCUGGCGGGCGCCUACCAGGAGAUGCUGCACCGGGCGAAGCUGGAGAAGGGCAGCAACGCCAGGAACAGGCUCCUGCAGGUGAUCCCCGAGGGAGAGGACAUCUACGACCAUUACCUGACCCAGGCUGAGAUCCAAGGGAACAUCAACAAAGUGAAUGUGCACGGAGCUCUGGAGGAGGUGGACGAUGCCCUGGAGCAGCAGGAUGCGCUGGCGCUGCACCGUGCGCUGCAGGACCCGCUCCUGGCCCUGCGCUGCCUCCAGCGCCACAACCUCCAGCGCUACUUGGAGCAGCUCAGCACGGACCGGGAGCAGAAGGCGCUGGAGCUGGGCUACGUGGAUCUCUUGGAGAGGGAAGAGCUGGAAGCUGGGAUCCUGGCAGCAAACAGGAAGGGCGAGGAGGAGCGAGCCAUGCUGGGGGCCAUGAGCCGGGUGAACGCUGCCAUCCGUCGUGGAAACCCAGCCGAAACCUUGGGAGCGCUGAUGGACCCCGCAGCCCAGCUGCCCCACGUGUACCCGCUCGCUGCCCCCCUGUACCAGCACCAACUGGCCCUGCUGCAGAGCCAGCACCCGCGGGGUGAGCUGGUGCAGGAGGAGCUGUUUGUGGCUGUGGAGAUGCUCUCGGCCGUGGCAUUGGUUAACAGAGCCUUGGAUGCUGGGGACCCCGAUGCGCUCUGGAGCAGCCUGGUCAGCUCUGCCCUGGGGCUCGCGGGUGUCGAGGAUGCGAACGCGCAGCGGUAUUUUGAGGACUUAGCGCAGCUCAAAAGGCAACACCGGGCAGCAGGAGGGGAGUUCCUGAGCUGGACCAGCAUCCAGGACAGCGUGACCAGCACCAAUUCCUCAGUGCAGGAUGAGAACAACCGACUCAGGGCUGUGAAGCUCAUCAACGAGGCGCUGCUGCAGGAGGACCCCGAGAAGACGCUGUCGGCGCUGCUGCUGCAGGCGGCUGCGCUGCCCCACAUCAGCCUCCCCAUUGCCCGGCGCUACCACAGCGUCCUGGCCCACGCACGCAGGAUGAAAGCCCAGGCCACAGGGGAUGAUGGAGCUGAGCUCUGGUGGGAAGAGAUCCAGGAUGGAGUCUGCAAGGCCAACGAGGACACGGUGGCAGCCAGGAAGAUGGCUCUGGGCGUCGCUGCCAUCAACCAGGCCAUCAAGGAGGGGAAGGCGACGCAGACCCUGCGGGUGCUGCUCAACCCCGCCGUGGCCCUGUGUGGGGUGGUGGGCGCCUGCGCCGCUGGGUACCAGGAGCAGCUCGCGGCUCUGAUGGCCACCAAGAGGCAAGCAGGGAGCGCGAAGCCGUGCUGGAUCCAGCACCGGCUGACUGAUGGUGCCGAGUUCUACCUGAGCCUGCAGAGCUUCGAGGGCAGUUGGCAGCGCCCGCCCCACGGUGCCAUCAACACCACGCACCUGAGCCGGGAGGAGAUCCAGGCGGUGGUCGGCCGAGUGACGGCAGAGCGCGCCCGGGAGCGGCUGUGGGCAGCCAACGUGGCCUUCGUGGUGAGGCUGCAGGCUCGGCUCCGCGGCUUCCUGGUGCGCCGGGAGCUGGCGGCGCGCCGGAGCAUCCUGCGGGAGCAGCAUCCGGCUGCCGUCAGGAUCCAGGCCUGCUGGAGAGGGUACAAGCAGCGCAGAGCUUACCUGGAGCGGCUGCGCUACCUGCGGGCCAACGCGGAUGCUGCAAUAAAGAUCCAGGCGGGCGUGAGGAUGUGGCAGGCUCGGAGGAGGUACCAGGAGCGGCUGCGCUACUUCAGGCACAACGUUGAAGCUGUGAUCAAGAUCCAGGCUUUUGUGCGAGCCCACAAGGCCCGCGGGGAUUACAGGAUGCUGGUGCACGCCAGGAGCCCCCCGCUGAGCAUCCUCCGGCGCUUCAUCCACUUGCUGGAGCAGAGCCAGCAGGACUUUUGGGAAGAGGCGGAGGUGCUGCGGCUGCAGGAGGAGGUGGUGAGGAGGAUCCGCGCCAACCGGCAGCUGGAGAGCGACCUGGACCUCAUGGACAUCAAGAUUGGGCUGCUGGUCAAGAACAGGAUCACGCUGCAGGAGGUCGUUUGCCACUGCAAGAAGCUGACCAAGAAGAACAAGGAGCAGCUCUCGGAGCUGAUGUCCAUGGACAAGCAGAAGGGGCUCAAGUCGCUCAGCAAGGAGAAGCGGCAGAAGCUGGAGGCCUAUCAGCACCUCUUCUACCUGCUGCAGACGCAGCCCCUGUACCUGGCCAGGCUCCUCUUCCAGAUGCCCCAGACCAAGUCCACCAAGUUCAUGGAGUCGGUGAUCUUCACGCUCUACAACUACGCCUCCACCCCCCGGGAGGCUUUUCUGCUGCUCCAGCUCUUCAAGGCGGCGCUGCAGGAGGAGAUCAGCUCCAAGGUGGAGCAGGUCCACGACAUCCUGCUGGGGAACGCCGCGGUGAUCCGGAUGGUGGUCAGCUUCUACCGCAACGCCCGCGGGCAGAACGCCCUGCGGCACAUCCUGGGGGGCCCGGUGCAGCAGGUCCUGCAGGACAAGGCCCUCAGCAUCCGCACCGACCCUGUGGACAUCUACAAGGCUUGGGUCAACCAGAGCGAGUCACAGAGCGGGCAGAGAAGCAAGCUCCCAUAUGAGGUCAGCCCUGAGCAGGCUCUCAGCUACCCCGAGGUCCAGAGGCGGUUGGAUGUCUCCAUCCACAACCUCCUCAUGAUGACGGACAAGUUUGUCUCUGCCAUCACCUCUUCUGUAGACCAGAUCCCCUAUGGCAUGCGCUACAUGGCCAAAAUCCUGAGGACAUCCUUGGCUGAGAAGUUCCCCGAGGCUUCAGCAGAGGACAUUGACAAGGUGGUGGGGAACCUGCUCUAUUACCGCUACAUGAACCCGGCCGUGGUGGCCCCCGACGCCUUCGACGUGGUGGAGCUGUGCGCCGGGGCGAGCCUGCAGCCGGAGCAGCGCCGCAGCCUGGGCUCCAUCGCCAGGGUGCUGCAGCACGCGGCCGCCCGCAAGCCCUUCGGCGGGGACAACGCUCACCUCCGCGGCCUCAACCGCUACCUGGAGGAGACCCACCACCGGUUCAGAAGGUUCAUCUCUGCUGCCUGCAGCAUCCCAGAGCCGGAGGAGAGGUUUAACAUGGACGAGUACUCGGAGAUGGUGGCAGUGGCCAAACCCGUCAUCUACAUCACAGCGGGGGAGCUCAUCAACACGCACAAGCUCCUGCUCGAGCACCAGGACUCCAUCGCGCCGCAGCACGGGGACCCCCUGCACGCGCUGCUGGAGGACCUCGGGGAGCUCCCCACGCUCCAGGUCCUGCUCGGGGAAAGCGUUGCCAGCCCCAUGGACGCCAGCACCGAGCAGAUGCUCUCCCAGCUCAGCAAGGUGGAGAUGUCCCUCACCCUCACCGGGAAGCUGGUGCCGGCGGCCAGCAGCGAGGAGAGCGACACCAGGAGCUUAUUGCUGAGCACCAAGCAGAUGCUGGUGGAUGUGAUCCAGUCCCAGCCAGGAGAUUCCCUCCCGGAGAUCCUGUGGACACAGGCCUCGGAGCAUGAGGAAGCCUCCCAUGCGCAGCUCAUGCACCGGAGAGCGCUGCGGGAUGCGCAGAGCCCGGCCACGCUGCAGCGCAGCCGGUCCCUGGCUGCCAACAGCCAACUGUCCCUGGAGGAGAAGAAGCGCAAGAUCAUCCGCAACCUGCGGCGCCUGCAGAGCCUGGGGCUGCUGGACUCGGCCCAUCAGUACCAGGAGCUCAUCAAUGACCUGGCCAAGGACAUCCGGAACCGGAGGCGCUACCGGCAGCACCGCAAAGGGGAGCUCCUGAAGCUGAGGCAGACCCUGGAGGGUCUCGAUGCCAAGACCUUGUUUUACGAGGAGCAGAUUGAUUAUUACAACCAGUACAUCAAGACCUGCCUCGACAACCUGGCAGCCAGCACCAGGGUCAGUGGGAAGAACAAGAAGCUGCAAUCACUGCGCUACACUGCUGCCCGGCUCUUUGAGAAGGGAGUGCUGCUGGAGAUUGAGGACCUGCCCCACAGCCAGUUCAAGAACGUGGUUUUUGACAUCAUCCCCUGCGAGGAAUCGGGCCGGUUCCAGGUGAAAGCCAAGUUCAUGGGGAUCGACAUGGAGAGGUUCCAGCUGCACUACCAGGACCUGCUGCAGUUGCAAUACGAGGGUGUCGCAGUCAUGAAGAUGUUCAAUAAGGCCAAGGUCAACGUGAACCUGCUCAUCUUCCUCCUCAACAAGAAGUUCUUCAAGAAGUAAUGGGGUGGGCUGAGGCGAGUGCUUGGGUGGGGGGUCAAAGAUGCCAAAGAGAAGCCUCAGGAUCAAUGGUCCUGGGGCAUCAUGUCCCCGUGGGGGGGAAGCUGCUGCUUGCACUUAGGUUUCCCUGCCCUGGGC